CUUCGCCUUAUGGUGGCUCUCGGUCUUCUUGGGCAGCAGCACGGCCUGGAUGUUGGGCAGGACGCCGCCCUGCGCGAUCGUCACUUUGCCCAGCAGCUUGUUGAGCUCCUCGUCGUUGCGGAUGGCCAGCUGCAGGUGGCGCGGGAUGAUGCGCGUCUUCUUGUUGUCGCGGGCCGCGUUGCCCGCCAGCUCCAGGAUCUCGGCCGUCAGGUACUCCAGCACGGCCGCCAUGUACACGGGCGCGCCGGCGCCCACGCGCUCCGCGUAGUUGCCCUUGCGCAGCAGCCGGUGCACGCGCCCCACCGGGAACUGCAGGCCGGCGCGGGACGAGCGCGACUUGGCCUUGGCGCGGGCCUUGCCUCCUUGCUUACCCCGACCAGACAUGACUUUAAUCUACAGUAAAACCAACUCCUUGCAGACUUUACUACAGUACUAGGGUGUACCGGCUUAAGGCCUUUAUAAGCUUUCCUAGGGGUGGGGUCAGGAGCCAGCUUUUCAUUGGUCGUAAUUUGGCCCCAGAGAAGUCCAAUGAAAUCUGGAAUUCAGAGUCUUUGUUAGGUAGGCUUGUACUGAAAACGGAAGUUUCGUGUAUGGGCCAAUGGGAAUGCGAAGUAUUUUGAGGCCUAAUUUACAUAAGGUGGUUAUAAAAGGCUCGAGUCCUCCGGGUUCCAGCUUGCUUUCCCACUUACUAGGCAACCUUCUUGUGUUUAUUUUCAAUCAUGCCUGAGCCGGCUAAAUCUGCCCCGGCUCCCAAGAAGGGCUCCAAGAAGGCUGUCAGCAAGGCGCAAAAGAAAGACGGCAAGAAGCGCAAGCGCAGCCGCAAGGAGAGCUACUCCAUCUACGUGUACAAAGUGCUGAAGCAGGUGCACCCCGACACGGGCAUCUCGUCCAAGGCCAUGGGCAUCAUGAAUUCAUUUGUUAAUGACAUCUUCGAGCGCAUCGCAGGCGAGGCUUCGCGCCUGGCGCAUUACAACAAGCGCUCUACUAUCACGUCGCGGGAGAUCCAGACGGCCGUGCGCCUGCUGCUGCCCGGGGAACUGGCUAAGCACGCCGUGUCCGAGGGCACCAAGGCGGUCACCAAGUACACCAGCUCCAAGUAGAAGCCCUCCUGGAUGAGGCGCUCGCUGGCCCUUUUGCUUUCUAAAGUCUCUUGCAAGAGCCACCCGCUUCAAUCAGGAAAGAGCUUUGUCCACUUGCACUAGUUUCUAGUUCCUAUCCCAAAGUUACUUUAAGGGUCUUGGAGAAGGUGCACUUCCGUUGUAAGCAUUUGUAGUUUUGAGGUUCCCUGAGCUGGUUUGCAGUUGGCUGUAGAGCUCCUAGCACCCCGUUUAGCUUCUUGGAGUUUUAAACUAGGGCAGUGGAGGUCGGCCUCUGGGCGGGUUUCUUCCGUGUUGUAGACUGUGGUGUUCGGGCGCUUUAUUGACGGACCUAAAGUGAGAUGAUUUGAUUGCUUUGGCGGUUAGAGGGCUCCAGGACACACCUAAACCUGUGUCGACGAAUGCUGUGUACCAGUCAUCUACAA